AGCCUCAAGAACCCGGAGCCGGAUGUGAGGUUUGAAAUGCAACAGCUACAGGACCGCGUUGGAUGCCUGGCUGAUACAGAGAUGAGCGAUAACGUGAAGUUGUUUGUGGGGAACCUUCCUUUAGAUGCAACUCAUGAUGAACUCAAUAAGCUUUUUGCUCCAUAUGGAGAGAUCAACACCUGCUCCUUGCUCAGACAGUAUGCCUUCGUUACCCUGAAGGGAGAGGGGGCAGCAGACAGGGCCAUACGGCAUCUUGAUGGCAAAGAGUACAGAGGCAGACCCCUGGUGGUUGAGGAAUCUCGCGCACGCCCACCAAACUCCACUAAAGUGUUUGUGGGAAACCUCAGUGCGACAUGUUCAGCAGAUGACUUGCAUGGACUGUUCUCAACCUUUGGAAGGGUUUUAGACUGUGAUAAAGUCAAAGCAAGAUUAUGCUCAAAUGUCGGCUAUGCGUUUGUGCAUAUGGAGAGGAAGGAGGACGCCCUGGCAGCUAUCGAGGCACUCAAUGGGACCAUGUUCAAGGGACGUCAGCUGGCUGUGGAGCUGUCCAAAGCCCAACCUUUGAUCAACCAGAUUGUUACAGGUGGAAAUUCAACUAAUGCUGGAGGUGGCAGAGAGGGUCUUCUCCCCAGACCACCUCCAUCACUAGAGCAUCAUCAGAGUCAGGCAGCUGUGCUUGCUGCAGCUGCAGCAGCUGCUGCUGGACUACCCAUACAGGUUCAACAAAGUGUCCAUAAUUCGUUUUACAACACCACAUCUUUUGACCCCACCUACGCUGCUCUCAAGGGUAUCACAAGUGCUAAAGGUGCAGAUGGGGUCAUAUACGGUGCUCUUGCCAGCCAAGUGUAUGGAUCUGUUGCUGACCAAGUGUAUCAAGAUAUGGCAAAUCACAAUACCACAGUAAGCGCCGCCGUUGAAGAGGUAGAGCCGCAGACUGCACCAGAUCCAACAACGCUGUUCGAGGCAGCAAGAGCAAAGUUCUUUCAGGAGGGACAGAAGGUUCUGGCAGAGCAGCAGGCAGGGAGAAAGGCAGCAGCAUCUGAAAAUGAACGGGAUCGCAGCCCAAUAAGAGGAAAUCGAGCCCCUCUACUUCCUGACCCUGUUCCGGGUUCGUUUGCCCAGAUACGACCCAAGCGCCGCGCCCUGCUGCCAACGCCACCUGGAGGACCUGAAGACACUGCAGUUGCCACCACAACUCCUGAAGGGUCAGACCCUGUUGCUAGGUCGUACACAGAGUACUACCAACAAAUGCAUCAGUACCAACAGUAUCAACAGUACCAGCAACAGUACCAGUACCUCCAGUAUGCCUACACGAAUCCUCCUCCGCCACCUCCUCCACCUCCACCGGCAACCACACAGGCACAAGCCUCCACCACAGCCCCCGCACCCCCGGGGACGUACACAGCACCCCCCUCAACAUAUGCCGCAUCGGGAGCCUACCCCCCACCAGGAACGUACGACACUUCGGGAAGCUACGACGCCUCAUCUGGGAGCUACGACACUUCAUCUGGGAACUACGAUGCCUCGUCGGGUAGCUACGACGCCUCGGCAGGCUAUGACACAUCAGGAGGCUACGGAGCGUCAGGAGCUUAUGAUUCUUCAGGAGCUUACGCAGCAGCGGGAAGCUACUCCACAUCCACACCGUAUGAGCAGACACCCGCACACGGGCAACCCAUGCCCCAGCGCCAUGAUUACCCUUACCACACGCCAGAACCCCCUUAUCGAUAGUCCCACCCCCACACGCUCCUUACACACUGCAGGUGUGUGUGUGUGUGUGUGCGCGCGCGCGCAUGUGUAUUUACAUAAGGGACAGUUUAAAGAGGAAAUACAGAGAGGGAGGAAAGUUGUAAUUCGAAUGUGCAUUAAAUUUGAAGCAUCUCCCCUUUUUCUUCAUUUUGGCUAACCUGAUCUCUAGUUUGUUUGUCACUGAAUGGCUACUGAGUUAAGUGGGUGAUUACAUGAGUUGGCAAAGUCGUUGGACCAGUGGAGAUAAGGGGGGCAGGUAAUAUUGGAAUGUUGUCGAGCAUUCAUAGUUUCUGUUACGUGUUGUGGAGGCAUAGCUGGAUCCUUGUUGAAUGUUGAAGGAGCUGAAACCUUGCCUGGGACAUGAGACUCAGACAGCAUUGGAUCUCUUCAGAGAGGCUUUUUAGUGCUGGAAGAAGGCCUUUUAUAUACUCUCCAUAAAAAUGUGAACAUAAUUUCCCUGCUGCGUGGUGAUCUGUCCAGUCCAAUAUUUAUCUCAGUAUAUCUUUAACUGUACCAUCGCACAAUUCAGGUAAGCCAUAAAAUGAAAAAUAUGGCUCAAUAAAUAGCAAAUUAAUAGGUUUAAUCGAUUCAAACAGAUGAACUGGCAUCCCGGCAAAAUUAGACUAAAUUGCCUUUGGUUUUUUCCAAAAACUAUUUAUUCUCUACAGACACAUACUCCUUCAUGAUGGCUAAUUUUAAAUAUAUACUCAGUGUCAACUUAUCGAUCUUUUCGGAGGCUGCAAUUUGUAGUGCCAUUAAGCUGUAUUGUAUUCUACUGACAAAUGAUUAUUUUGUCCACUAAUUUAUUUAUCAAUCAGAGUGGACUAAAUAGUAGAAACAUCUCUCUGUAUAAUGCAGUACAGUUCUACAACACUACAAACUCCAUCCUCCACAAAGGUCAUGAAGUAAACUUUCAGUAAAGCAGCAACAGAAAUGGAACCUCAUACAUCAACCUCAUACAAUUAGAAUUUACUGCAGGACUGCUGAAUGAUUCUGCAGUUUUAGGUAGAUUUACCUGAUAACCUGGUAUGUGAGCGUGUCCAAGGCCACUUCUUGAAGUGGUUUAUGAAUACUUUUUCUGCAGUAUAUAAUAGGCCUUGGUUUGACUUCAGUUGCAUUUACCCUUUUGAAACAGUCAGCCUUGUCAUCCUGACUAGUGUUACAUGGAAUUCUUUUAAUUUGGUAGACAUCACGAAUUGACUUGUUGGAAUUGACCUUGUAGCUCUGAUUGUAGUGCAGUCCACUUAACUCUAGAAAUGAGGGGUUUGGGUUUUGCAAUUUUUUUUUAAAGCUUACCUGUUGUUUUUUACAGUGAAAGGACUGACUGUGCAGUAAGCUUCUAGUCCCAGAGGUCUUCCUGUUAACUCAGGAGCGUUUGGCUGACUCACCAUGAAUAUGACCAUUGUGUGAUAAAGGAUGCUUGAACUUUCAUUGUUAGGAGAGAAAGCCAAAUUCAAACUUUGAGUGUGACUGACAACCACAGAGUAAAAACACAGGACACGUGUUGUCAGUGAUUAAAUUAAAGUACAUGAGUGGUUGUUCUCUUUGGAGCGAUUUGUCAUAAUUUACUGUGUUUCUUUUUUUCCUACUAAGCCCAGGCUUUAAGUGUAUCUCAAGGUCUAUACAAACAAAUCAAGAUGGAGCAUAAGUCCCAAUCUCAGGAGUUGAACAGUUUUUGGUUAAAGGUCAGUGUUUGCCUCUAAAACGUCAGAACAGAAUCUUUAAGUAAUUUUGCUGUCAUUGACAGUACUUUCUUUCUCUUUCAGUUUGGUGUUGAAUUGUUAUCAGAACAUUCUGUGUGAAAAGCAAGUUGAAUGCAUCCACAUCUUUCUUUAUUUUAGGCAAUACUCAGUUGAACCCAGCUAUUUGAUAGAAGUGUUUUAUUUUUUUUGUUGGCUUUGUACAUAUGUGAAUUUCUAAAAGCCAGGGGGAAUGUCAACAAGUAACGCAUGGCCGAUGAGCAUCACAUAGUUAAUUUUUCAAUUGGUUUUUUGACAUUUUCUAUCAUUAGCUUUUGUUUGAGUCUCAUGAGCUGCUGUCAUGCUUCUGCUCUCGUGGAAAUUAUUGGUGAUUUAGAGGGAAUGUCGAGCUUAGUUUUCAUACCAGAAGAUGUACAAUUUGGUACUCGUGUAAAUACUUGAAACAUUAUUUGAAACUGAGAAAGCGAUGCCAACCAACUUUUGGUAAAAAAUAUUGACUGUUAAUAAUAAGAUGAAGUGAUUGUAUUUCUUACUAAACAGUUGGAAACCCGAUGAAGAAGUACAGUUGAGUUGUUGUACCGAACUCUUCUCAAAAAAAAAGAGGCAACCAAGUCGUAUGGCUGAAAACGAUUACCAUCAUGUUUGUAGCAUGUAGCGAGUGGAGCGGAGCCAUCGCGGCGUCAGUGUGUGUGAACGAAAUCUGCUGUUAAAUCUUUGAAUGAUUUGAAGUGCAGAGAAACUGGAGAACAAAGCGAUUGACCGUUUGAGCAGAGAUUAAGUACACAUGCUUUUUUUUUUUGCCUAAAUGCAGUGCAGUGGUGUGUGGCUGGUGUGUGUAGCAUAGUGUUAUUGUCAGAGUGGAUAUGAGGUGACAGUUUUGGUGCUGCAGGUGAUAUGAAGGUUGUUUUGGAUUUUGUAAAGGCCGCCGAUUUUCUCGGGCGGCAGCGAGAAGAGCCGAUGACCUUUCCUUUUCUUUCUUCUGAUCUCACCAGAAGCACACAUCCUUUUGACACACGGCUAGGAUUACUGGCUUUCUCUGCAUUCUUAUCACACCUAGAAAACUGUCCAACUCCACACUCCAGACGUAUUUCAGCUGGGUUUCAUUGCAUUUCACUCAUGUAACGCAGGUUACACGUGCAAGUGAUACUAAUGCACACCUGAUUCCACCUGUAUUUUCUAACUUACAGCAGUUGCUCUGAUGUGAUUGUACCACACAUUAGCUGCUCAUCUUAUUUCUCAUUCGGCACCUGAUCUGACGGUGCCGUGUUAGGUUUUAAGUGACACAUAGCCUCUCUACAUUGUCCACAUUAUUCCACCUUCUCCAUGUGAACUGUUAGUUGCAUGCCUUGUUGUUGCUGCUGCUCCAGCCACCUUCUUCCUCUUGCUGAUUAUUGCAGCUAGAGUGGGAGGGAGCCAAACUGAGCCCUUGCCCUGGACGUACGCCACACGCAGCUGUAGCGUGGGAUGGGGAAAACAGCAGCGUUAGGCCUGAAACUGCUGUGGACGAUGGGGUGUCCCCCCACUAAGGUAAACACUCAGACCACACACUCCUGCCCCUCCCCGAAAACACGCGUACACACUCACAAACACACGCAUACAGUACAGACACAACUAUGUCCAUACUUCUUAAUCCUUACCUGCCUUCAGGGAUUUUGAUUUGUCAGGAUUUUUUGGAAAUGUACCUCCCAUCUGUUUUUUCUUUUUUUUCCAAUGGGAGAUUAAACUUUGUCCUGCUUUUGAUUUUCCUGUCCCCGCCAUGUUUCCCUCCCCAAGCAUACUCUGCUCAUACAUUCCUGCUCCCAACGUGACCACUCACGCAACCUUUUGAGGACAUCUGUACCACCGUUAGUCUAAAUCUGAACGCUUUGUGCAGCAGGCGUGUCGUCGUUAGUGCAUCCUGUAUCUAACAGCCUGUCACUGAAGAGUACCAGGCAAUCACGGCUGAUCAGAGCUGGAUUCAGGACAUUUAGGUAGGAUGGGUUGUUUUAGUUUUUGUAAACGCGCCCCUGCGGCCACUUCGGGGUUAAGUGCCUUGCUUAAGAGCACACUGGUAGGCCCUCCAUUUCAGAGUUGAAUAACCUGGCUCAGGAUCGGUUGCUGGUUCAACGCUCGACUCCCCUUCUCCCCCAAAACGAUUUUUGAUGCCACAUUCAACUUGUAUGAAUGACAAUGAACACAAAUACUACCAUGUUGUUUUAAAUUACAUUUUGUCCUAUGUUCUUUGAAAUGUUUAAUUAUCAAUAAAUGAAUUUCAACCGAAA